AUUUUACAUUGUUUCCACAGAAUUCCAACCUUGUGUUACAAGCAGAUGUUCGUCUUAUCGAAAGAAGAAGCAAAGAUGAAGCUACCGGUGAAGUCAUGUCCCUUGCAGGGAAGCUGGAAGGAACAAGGAUGGGAGAUCGCUAUCAAAGGACAAGACCACAACAGCCAAGAGAAGAGCAGCGUAAAUCCAAGAAACAAAAACAAGAAGAUACUCCAGCCAUAUCAGUGAAGACCCUUUCCAUCUUAGAAUUAGAUCAAAUGGCUGACAUAUUUUAUCGCCCCAAAAGUACGGAGACACAUCAGACAUAUGAGGUAAUAUUAUCUUUCAUACAGGAAGCUUUGGGAGAUCAGCCUCGUGAUGUAUUAUGCGGUGCUGCAGAUGAAGUUUUGUCAGUUCUUAAAAAUGACAAACUUAAGGAUAAAGAGCGAAAAAAGGAAACAGAGGAGCUUUUAGGUGGCCUGGCAGAAGAGAGAUUUGCUGUGCUUGUUAAUUUGGGGAAAAAAAUAACAGAUUUUGGACACGAAACAAAAGCUGUUGACAGUGAGGCAGUGCUGGAUGAGACCCAUGGAGUAAAUGUACAGUUUGAAGAUUCUGAUGAGGAAGGUGAAGAUGAAGUGGCUGGAGAGGUUCGUGAAGAGGAGGAAGAGGAACUAGAAAAUGAGGAAGCUAAUGUUGGAAAUCAUGCGAUUCAUGCAGAAAACCUAACUGGAGGGGAUCAGGUUGGUGCCAAAAAGGAGAGGGUGCUUAGUCCUCAUGAUAUUGGUGCACAUUGGCUACAGAGGGAGUUAAAUAGAUUUUAUAAUGAUCCGAUUCAGGCUCAGACAAAAUCAAGUGAUGUGUUGGAAAUCUUGAAAACAGCUAAAGAUGACCGAGAAUGUGAAAACAAACUUGUACUCAAUUUAGGUUAUGAUAAAUUUGAGUUUAUUAAAGUUCUAAACAAAAACCGGCAAAUGGUUCUUUAUUGUACAUUGUUAGCAUCAGCCCAAUCAGACACAGAAAAAGAGGAUAUCAGGAGAGUAAUGUUGGCUGAGCCAAACUUGAGGCGAAUUCUAGCACAGUUAGAGAAUGAGGAAGAAGCCAUGGAUGUAGCAGAUGGUGGGGAAGAACUUGGUGGUUCACGACCACGGCGCAUAAACACAGAGGCGAUGGAAGUAGAUGAUAGAUCUGGACAAGUACCAGGACACAGAGAGUAUGUUGAUCUAGAGAGCCUUAUAUUUUCAACUGGCUCUCACUAUAACUCCAACAAGAAGUGCCAUCUUCCAGAAGGUUCUACAAGGCAGAUGAAAAAAGGCUAUGAUGAAAUCCAUGUCCCAGCUCUAAAGCCUAAACCUUUUGCUCCUGAUGAAACGCUGGUUCCUAUUGCAAACCUUCCUGCUUAUGCUCAGCCAGCCUUUGAUGGAUUCAAAAAUCUCAACCGUAUUCAAAGCAAAUUAUUCAAAGCUGCUAUGGAUGGUGAUGAAAACUUAUUGCUUUGUGCCCCCACUGGUGCAGGUAAGACUAAUGUUGCUUUGCUGACUAUUUUAAGAGAAAUUGGUAAAAAUACAAACCAGGAUGGAACUAUUAAUGGUGAUGCUUUCAAAAUUAUAUAUGUGGCACCUAUGAGAUCCCUGGUAACAGAAAUGACACAGAAUUUUGCCAAGAGAUUAGAACCCUAUGGUCUUAAAGUGGGUGAAUUGACCGGUGAUCACCAAUUGACAAGGGAGCAAAUUAUGGAGACCCAAGUAAUUGUUUGCACCCCAGAGAAAUGGGAUGUGAUUACUAGACGUGGUGGGGAGAGAUCCUAUACCCAACUUGUGAGACUGAUCAUCUUUGAUGAAAUUCAUCUGCUCCAUGAUGAACGAGGGCCAGUGUUAGAAGCUCUUGUAGCUAGGACUUUAAGAAAUGCAGAGACAACAGGAGAUGCUGUGAGGUUAGUUGGGUUAUCAGCUACUUUACCAAAUUAUGAAGAUGUUGCAGCAUUUUUGAGAGUUGACUUAAAGACAGGAUUAUUUUUCUUUGACAAUAGUUUUCGACCUGUUCCUCUUGCUCAGCAGUAUAUUGGUAUCACAGAGAAGAAAGCCAUUAAACGUUAUCAGGUUAUGAAUGAUAUUCUGUAUGAAAAAGUCAUGGAACAUGCUGGGAAAAAUCAGAUACUUAUAUUUGUUCACUCACGAAAAGAGACUGCAAAGACUGCCAAGUCCAUUUUGGACAUGUGCUUGGAAAAAGAUACUUUGGGUAAUUUCCUCCGUGAAGGAUCAGCUUCAACAGAAGUGUUGCGAACUGAGGCAGACCAAGUUAAGAAUAAUGACCUAAAAGGACUAUUGCCCUACGGUUUUGCAAUUCAUCAUGCUGGAAUGAAUAGGGUAGAUAGGAAUUUAGUGGAAGAUCUGUUUGCUGAUCGUCACAUCCAGGUGUUGGUCUCAACUGCCACCUUAGCCUGGGGUGUGAAUCUUCCAGCUCACACUGUUGUGAUCAAAGGAACACAGGUUUAUGAUGCUAGUAAGGGACGUUGGGUUGAGUUGGGUGCUUUAGACAUUCUUCAGAUGUUAGGUCGAGCUGGUAGGCCUCAGUAUGAUACUAAAGGUGAAGGUAUUCUCAUUACAAAUCAUUCAGAGCUUCAGUAUUACUUAUCUCUAAUGAAUCAGCAGUUACCAAUUGAAUCCCAGCUGAUCUCCAAACUUCCUGAUUUAUUAAAUGCUGAAAUUGUUCUUGGCUCUGUUCAGAGUAUACGUGAUGCUGUGAACUGGUUAGGUUACACAUACCUCUACGUACGAAUGAUUCGUGCAGGAAACUUAUAUGCCGUUCCAUCAGAAAAUUCAGAUAAAUAUUUACAGCAGCAUAGAGCAAAUCUUAUUCAUUCAGCAGCUCUGAAGUUGGAGAAAGGUAAUCUGAUAAAGUAUGACAAAAAAUCUGGACACUUCCAGGGGACAGAACUUGGUCGUAUAGCUAGUUACUUCUAUAUUACCUGUGAGACAAUGGGUGUUUACAAUCAGCAACUGAAACCUACUCUCAGUGAAAUUGAACUGUUCAGAGUCUUCUCUCAGAGUUCAGAGUUCAAGAAUAUCAUGGUAAGAGAGGAAGAAAAGCUCGAGUUGAAAAAACUGAUGGAACGUGUCCCUAUUCCUAUUAAGGAGAGUGUGGAAGAGCCAAGUGCCAAAGUUAACAUACUCCUGCAGGCAUAUAUUUCCCAGCUCAAGUUGGAUGGAUUUGCCCUUAUGUCUGAUAUGGUUUAUGUGACUCAGAGUGCAGGACGACUUAUGAGAGCUAUGUUUGAGAUUGUCCUUCACAGAGGCUGGGCUCAGCUGGCUGACAAAACCCUUAAUUUGUGCAAGAUGGUUGAUAAACGAAUGUGGCAGUCCAUGUCUCCUCUUCGCCAGUUUAGAAAAAUUCCAGAGGAAGCCAUACGUAAGUUGGAGAAGAAGAGUAUCCCGUGGGAACGACUGUAUGAUUUAGGACCAAAUGAAAUUGGAGAGUUGAUUCGAAUGCCCAAAGGAGGAAAAAUGAUCCACAAAUACAUUCAUCAGUUACCUAAACUUGAUUUGGAAACACACAUUCAGCCUAUCACUCGCCAAAUGCUUAAAGUAGAACUGACUAUUACACCAGAUUUCAAGUGGGAUGAAAAAGUGCAUGGCCGUUCAGAGGCAUUUUGGAUCAUGGUGGAGGAUGUUGAUGCAGAGAAUGUCCUUCAUCAUGAGUACUUCCUUUUAAAGCAGAAAUUCUCAGAGGAUGAACAUGUGGUAAAAUUCUUUGUGCCAGUUUUUGAGCCUUUGCAUCCUCAUUACUUCAUUCGUAUUACUUCAGACAAAUGGUUAUCAGCAGAAACACUCCUACCAGUCUCCUUCCGUCAUCUCAUUCUUCCUGAGAAAUAUCCACCACCUACUGAACUUCUAGAUUUACAGCCUCUUCCUAUCACUGCUUUGAGGAACCCGCAGUAUGAAGGUCUGUAUAAAACGCUGAACAGAAAUCAGCAGUUCAACCCCAUUCAAACUCAAGUAUUCAAUGCCACUUAUAAUUCUGAUGACAGUGUAUUUAUUGCAGCUCCAACUGGGUCAGGUAAGACCUUGUGUGCUGAGUUUGCUAUUCUUCGAAUGUUCAGUCAGGAUGAGUCUGCAAGAUGUGUAUAUGUUGCAUCCAAGGAUGAAAUAGUUGAAAGCAUGUAUGAACACUGGCUAGAAAAAUUCUGCAGUUUGGAUAAACGAGUUGUCCUUUUGACUGGUGAGACUGGAGCAGAUCUGAAGCUUCUCAACAAAGCAAACAUAGUCAUUAGUACUGCAGAAAAGUGGGAUGUGUUAUCACGACGUUGGAAGCAGAGGAAGAAUGUGCAGAACAUUAAUUUAUUUAUUGUUGAUGAGUUACAGUUAAUGGGUGGAUCAGAUGGACCGACUUUAGAAGUUGUUUGCUCACGUAUUCGCUAUAUAGCUUCAAAAAUUAGCAGACAUAUUCGCAUUUUGGCCCUUAGCUCAUCUUUGGCAAAUGCAAGAGAUGUUGCACAAUGGCUUGGAUGUUCAUCAAACUAUACAUUCAAUUUCCAUCCUAAUGUUAGACCUCUUCCUUUGGAAUUACACAUUCAAGGAUUUAAUAACCCCCAUAAUGCUUCAAGGAUUUAUGCCAUGGCUAAACCUGCUUAUACAGCUAUCCUCAAGCAUAGUCCACGCAAACCUGCCAUGGUGUUUGUUCCCUCUCGAAAGCAGAGCAUGAUUACUGCCAGUGACCUUCUUACUUUUGCUGCAGCUGAUAAAGAACCUCAACGGUUUCUGCAAGUGAAUCCUGCGGAAAUGGAAGAGUUUCUUCCACAAAUAAGUGAUGAAAUGUUAAGAGAGUUAGUCAGCCAGGGUGUUGGCUACUUGCAUGAAGGUCUUAGCACUAGGGAUCGUAGAAUGGUUGAACGCUUGUUUGAAGCAGAGGCCAUCCAAGUUGUAGUUGUCAGUCGGGCUUUGUGUUGGGCGAUCACAGCUCCAGCACAUUUAGUCAUUAUUACAGACACUCAGAGUUACAAUGGUAGGUUGCACAACUAUGAAGAUUAUCCUAUUACGGAUACUUUACAGAUGGUUGGUCGUGCAAACAGACCAAAUGAAGAUGAUGAAGCCAAGUGUGUCCUCAUGUGUCAUUCUUCAAAGAAAGACUAUUUCAAGAAAUUCUUGUAUGAGCCAUUGCCUAUUGAGAGCCAUCUUGAUCAUGCCCUACAUGAUCACUUUAAUGCAGAAAUUGUGACACGUACAAUUGAAAACAAGCAGGAGGCUGUAGAUUAUGUGACUUGGUCCUUUUUGUACAGGCGUAUGACUCAGAACCCCAAUUAUUAUGGCCUUCAGGGAGUCUCUCAUCGUCAUUUGUCUGACCAUCUGUCUGAAUUAGUGGAAAAUACACUGCAUGAUUUGGAAGAGUCUCGUUGUAUCACCAUUGAAGAUGACAUGGACACAGCACCUCUUAAUUUAGGUAUCAUUGCCUCAUACUAUUACAUCAAUUAUACAACCAUUGAGCUGUUCAACAAAUCACUAAACAGCAAGACAAAGAUAAGAGGGCUUCUUGAAAUCAUCUCAAGUGCAGCUGAAUAUGAAAAUGUUCCUAUUCGUCAUGGAGAAGAAGAUACUUUGAGGCGUUUAGGACAGAAAGUACCAAAUAAACCUGAAGGUAAAACAACAGAUCCACACAUUAAGACAAACCUUCUGCUUCAGGCACAUCUUUCUCGGCUGACACUCAGUGCUGAAUUACAGCAAGACACAGAAUUGGUUUUGGGCCGUGCUUUGAGACUGAUUCAAGCUUGUGUUGAUGUGCUCUCUUCCAAUGGUUGGCUGGCUCCAGCAUUAUCUGCUAUGACUCUAGCACAGAUGGUUACUCAAGCUAUGUGGUCUAAAGACUCAUACCUAAAACAGCUCCCACAUUUUACGAGUGAGAUGAUUGAACGUUGUGAAGCAAAGGAUGUUACAUCAGUCUUUGAUAUUUUAGAGCUGGAAGAUGAUGAUCGUAAUCGUCUGCUCCAAUUGACAGAUGCACAGAUGACAGAUGUUGCUCGUUUUUGUAACCGGUAUCCCAGCAUUAAUCUCGAUUACGAGGUGGUUGAUGCAGAUUCCAUUAGCAGCGGUUCCAUGGUAAAUGUUGAGGUGGUACUGGAGAGAGAAGAUGAACCAGGCCCUGUCAUAGCACCUCUCUUCCCACACAAACGGGAGGAAGGUUGGUGGGUUAUCAUUGGUGAUCCCAAAGCAAAUUCCCUCAUUUCUAUCAAGCGUCUUACUCUACAGCAGAAGGCAAAAGUAAAGUUGGACUUUGUAGCCCCCAGUGAAGGCCAGUAUGAGUACAGGCUUUAUUUCAUGAGUGAUGCAUACAUGGGCUGUGACCAAGAGUACAAAGUCCCACUUAGGGUCAGAGAAGCAGAGUCAGAGUCUGAAUCAGAGAGUGACUAGAUUUUUUAGCAGAGCAUUUGGUAAAUACAGCAUAAGGUUGAAGGGUUUGUAAAUAUGUAAAUAUUCUUGAUACUUGGCAUAUGUUAAGCUAAUUUGUAAGUUUAUUGAUGACAAGAGGGAUUUAUCCACAAUAUCCUUAGGCAAUGAAUAUACAGUACAGUGGUUAAUUAAUGUACAAACUUUUUAAAGUGAGCAGUCCAAGAACUGUACCUGAAAAUGUGUUUCUUCUUGUAACUUGAUUCACAAGGAAACUUGUUAUAUUUUCUUUGUCCAUACAGCUAGUUCUACACAUAGUUUUUUUUUGCUCUGUGCAAUUUUUACAAAAUAUUACUGUACAAUUUUUGUGUUUUUUUUAGGUAUUAAAGAAGACUUGUGUUUUGUUUUUGUGGUAGUGAUGUUUACAAAAUGCAUGUAUGAUCUGCGAUUUAGUAUAAUUUACAGCAGUAUGUUGCAAUACCGUUCACAUUGUAAUAAAGUUUAUGUUGAAAAAUAAACUAUAAAUUCUU